CGCACCAAACUUAAACGCGCCGUCGUCGCGUUCGGCGGUCUUCGCAGACGGUAGUGCCCGCCGCUCAGCAGCUGACAUGGAUCGGCUAUUGAUUGUAAGGCUCGCGCGGAACGCCGUUCUUCCGUUGGCUUACAUAAUAUUCACCGCCGCCGCGUUCGUGAUCGCCGGCUACUUUUUGGCCCUAAAAACACAGUCAUCCAUGUUGUUUUGUAAAGAUGGAAACUUCAAGCAAUUCCUUAUUAAAAAAGUACCUGUUGUCAGAGAAAAAUAUUUACCUUCAAUUUGUGGGUUCAAUGGAUAUGCGCAUACAGUUCUUGCCACACUGUUUAGAGAUAUUAUUACACCUACAGUAGUUUAUGACAGGGAAAUUUUGACAUUAAACGACGGAGGCGAACUCGCUGUAGACUGGCUGUAUCCAAAAUAUAAAGGUCCACAGAGUUUAGUAACUGUGCUCAUACUCACUGGACUUACAGGUGAUAGCCAAUCUGAAUAUGUCAGAGAAACUGUAAACGAGCUGUUUGAAAAAGGCUAUUGUUGUGUUGUUCUUAAUUACAGAGGCAGGGGCGGUGUAAAACUGAAGACUGCCCGAACGUACUCGGCGACCAACAUCGAAGACCUGACAGAAGUGCUGAAACAUGUCAAGUCCAAACGGCCAAACAGUCCGAUCGCCGGCAUAGGAUUCUCAAUGGGAGGGACAUUACUGGGAACUUUCUUAAUGUCAUCUGAACAAGAAAAAAAUAAACACUUGGUCACAGGAAUACUAAUUUCAGUGCCGUGGAAUGUUAAACAAGCAUGUAAAAACGCAGAAGGUUCAUGGCUGAUGCGAAAAAUGGGCAAAAACUUGUCUCACCAUUUACGUAGUGUCGUCGUUAAAAACAAAGAUGUUAUUUUCAAACAAGAUAAUGACAGAUCGUUGGAUUAUAACAUUAUUAAACGGUGUAACACCAUCCGAGAGUUUGACACUGCCUACACCAUUAAAAUAUUCAACUACACCAAUGUGUAUCACUACUAUGAGGAUGCGACACUGAGCAACAAACUGCACCUGAUCAACGUACCAUGUCUGUGUUUAAGUGCGGCGGACGAUCCUUUUCUUUAUUUUAGAGAUAUACCCGUGAACGAAGCUGACAAUCACGGAAAUUUGGCUAUACUAGUGACUUCUGGGGGUGGUCACGUGGGUUACCUGGACACUUUUUGGCCGUUUACGAACAAUAACUUUAUGUUGAAGCUCAUCCAACAAUAUUUCGACGCAAUUAUGGUAGACAAGAAUUAUGAAAAAUUUGUAAGCCUUUAAACAGCAAAAUUUUACUAUUUAUUACAAUAUAAUAUAUUAUCAUAAUUUUAUAUUAGUGUUGUAUGUAAAUGGCAAAAAAAAAGGCGCAUACGACUGAUGAUAAUCGUUUCGGGUAGGAUUAGUGUCGUUAAAUAUUGCUAUUUAUUUAAACUAUUUUGUUAUAUGAAUUUUUAAUCGAGUAAUGUCAUUAAGGCAUUUUAAGUGUAGUUUAAAAUUAAGAACAUACAUUUAAUACUUCGUUAUAUUAUUAUUAAUACAUUAAAUGUGAAUCAAGGGUAAAAGUAAAGCUACAAUAUAUUGAACAAAAUUCAAAAUUGUUAAAUUAUAAGAAUAUUAUAUAAUACAUUUGAAUGAAGGAACAACAUUAAAAAAAAAAAAAAUUAUGUACCUAUCUUAAUUUUGUUGACCGUAUAAUUUUGGUAAUUUAUACCUAUAGUGAUGGUCCCUGUUGUUGUGAAGGCCACGUUAAAAUCAACGAGAGACAUCCGUUUUAUGAAA